AUGUCAAGAGUAGUCGUCUCAACUCCAAAUGCUCCAGCUGCCAUCGGCCCAUACAGUCAAGCUAUCAAAGCCAACGGUCAAGUUUGGGUUUCAGGUUGUUUAGGUCUUGAUAAGGAUGAUGAUGUUGAACUCCAAACUCACAAGGCUUUGGAAAACAUGAAGGCUAUCUUGGAAGCUGCUGGUUCAUCUAUGAACAAGGUUGUCAAGACUACCAUCUUGCUCAAGGAUAUCAAUGAUUUUGUAAAGGUUAACAAGGUUUAUGCUUCUUUCUUCCCAGCUGAACCACCCGCCAGAUCAACCUUUGCCGUCCGUGACCUUCCAAAGGCUGUAAUGAUAAGAUAUAUUUCUCGUGGUCACCAUGUUUUGGGUUGGUUGAGGACAUCUACGCUGUUUGCCAAUUCGACCAUUGAAUUGUUCAUUGUCCCCAAUGUAUUGUUGAUAUUAUUCAGUGCCUGUGCUAUUUGUGGGUUUACAUCACAACAAGAUGCACAUUGGCUCUUACAACUCUAG